AACUACGCCAGACACAAGAGGGGAUCCUCAAAUCCACGCGACUUUAAGCGCGUUGAGCGUGGUCCCAGUCUUCUCUGUUCCACCCUCAGCAAAUUUCUUCGUGUCCAAUUGUGUUCUCCUGAUUUGGGACUCCUCGAAGAAAUUAGGGUUCGGUCUCUCGAUCCCUUUAGUGCGCGACAGUAUUCGAUUCUCCAAUCUUGAGAACUCUAAUCCCUCUGCAGUCACCGAUUCCUGAAACGGUGAUCUUUUGAUUUGACUCUUUCGCUCCGGGAAUCUCAGCUUCUAAUCAUCCGUUUUCUUCAGAGAUGAAGAGUUCUUCUUGUAGAAGCUUCGAAGUUUAUGAUUUCAACGAAGAAGAUGAUAGUGCUGAAGUGGCUGCCGCACGAUACUUGGGAAAUUACAAAACCCCUGAAAACCCUAAUUCCGAGACUCCCGCCAUCAUGAAGUACGAGCUCCUUAGUUGCGCUGCACGGGGCGACGUUGUAAAGGCAAAGGAAAUUGACAAUGUACAGUGGGUCGAUGUUGAUGCGAUCGACAAUGAAGAUAGUGGCAAAUGCGAUAUUUCCUUAACUCCUAGCGUAGAAGGAGAGGAGUCCGCUGGGAAACAAGGAACUGCGCAGUCCGAUUGUAAUAGCGAUGAAGGAAAUGCCCCUUCUAAAGCAGACACUCACCGAAGUUUUUUUUCCGUUCUACAAACGGAUGAUUCGAAUGAUGCAGCUGCUUCGCCGGGUGACUGUAGAUUGAAUUCUGACCUUCCAGAGUCUCCUCCCAGUGAUGAGCAACUUGAUGUUACUUCGGAAGCUGAUGAAAGCAUGAAAGAGAACACUCUCUCUAGUCCUGCUUCUGAUACUGCAGAACAUGGCGCUUCUUUAGAUGGACAAGUUUCCGAUGAUGGCUUUGGCAACUGGGACAUGCAGGAUGACAUAAAUAUGGAGGUAGUUGUUUAUCCUGAUUAUUUUGUAUAUCGAGAUGAAUAUUGUACGGAAGCUGUGGUUGCUUUUUCCAGCAGUUGCAUCAAAAUCAAGGGUUCAACUGGAUAUGAAAAGAAAGGAUCCUUUAACUUUCAAUGGGGACUUGAUGAUAUCAUUGAUAUUAAAUCUCAGUGGUGUGGAAGGGUUGGAGUGGCCAUGAUUCAGCUACGUGUAAUAUCAAAGGAUGCUGUACAAGUUGGUUCUCCAUGUGGCACAUCAAGGAUUGAGGAGUUGAAGUUUGCUGUUGUUGACUCCAACUGGUCGGUCAGGCAAGAAAAGAUCACAUCUUUGCAUGGGAAAUACAAAUCUGUAUGGAAUGUUAUGCUUGACACGGAUAUGGAUGGAGAUGCUUUAGGAGAGGACAACUUUAUCAUCCCAAAUAGCUAUUUCCCAAAAUUUGAUGACCAAUUUGAAGAGGUUAUCUAUCCAAAAGGAGAUUCUGAUGCUGUUUCUAUCAGUAAGAGAGAUAUUGAUCUAUUGCAGCCAGAGACAUUCAUCAAUGAUACAAUUAUUGACUUCUACAUCAAAUAUUUGAAGAAUAAAAUCCAACCUGAAGAAAGGCAUAGGUUCCAUUUUUUUAAUAGUUUUUUCUUCCGAAAGUUGGCUGAUCUAGACAAAGAUCCAUCUAGUGCUUCUGAAGGCAGGGCUGCUUUUCAGCGUGUCCGUAAAUGGACAAGGAAAGUGGAUUUAUUUGAAAAGGAUUACAUCUUCAUUCCUGUAAACUUCAAUCUCCACUGGAGUUUACUAGUUAUAUGUCAUCCUGGUGAUGCAGUUAAUUUUAAAGAUGAUGAUGUUUUGAAAUCCCUUAGAGUACCAUGUAUAUUGCAUAUGGAUUCUAUCAAAGGAAGUCAUACAGGCCUCAAAAAUAUUGUUCAAAGUUACCUUUGGGAGGAGUGGAAAGAGAGGCAUAAGGAAACUUCAGAAGAUAUAUCUUCAAAAUUCUUCAAUUUGCGAUUUGUCCCACUUGAGCUGCCGCAGCAGGAAAAUUCAUUUGAUUGUGGUCUCUUCUUGCUCCACUUUGCGGAACUCUUUUUGGAAGAUGCUCCUGAUAAUUUCAAUCCCUUCAGGAUAACAAAGUUCUGCAGCUUUCUUAAUGUGAAUUGGUUUCCACCUGCUGAGGCUUCUCUUAAACGUGCUCUUAUCCAGAGGUUAAUAUUUGAACUUGUUGACCAUUGUUCUCAAGAAAGUUCUCCAGCUGCUUGCAGUGGUGAGCAGCAGUCCCCUAAAUUUCUUGGAGGGAGUAAUGUGCAUGAAACUGGGGUGGAGUUUGUUACUGAGAAAUAUAGUUCUGUAAAAGCUUGUAAUGGAAAUCUAUUGAGUUCCCAUGUUGACCAAGGGAUUGAAAUUACUCUAUUAACAUCUUCACUGAGUUCUCAGUGUGUUAAUGAUUCAAGCUUGGUUUUAAGGGAGUUUUUUGAGUCUGGAGCUACCGCAGCAGGAUCGUUCCUUGAUGGACAGUAUCAAUCUUUUGACCAGUCAUCAUCUUUUCAGAGGCUCAAGAGUGUCAUGUCACCAAUAGAGGAAGAAGGAACUGGUGAACAAUUUGUUUAUUCACCAUCAUGUGAAACUGGGCUCCAAAGACUAGCCGGAAUCUCACAUGAAGCACGUGCCGUUCAAUAUUCAUCCAGAGAUUUUAGAGCAGAUGCUUCUUGGAACCCAGGAACUUCUGUGGAGCAAGCAGGGCAUGAAGAAGUUGACUCAUCUCCAGAAACAUCAACAGGUACCUCUGAAGAUUCAUUAGAAGUAGGUGUUGAUAUUGGUAACACAGUUAGGGACGAUAUGGAUCCAAGUCAGAUUGAAAAAACAGAUGAACCGGGAUCUCCAUCAAUGGAAAACACCGAGUGUUUUACACAGGGCCUUGCCUGUGCCUCGGGUGAGUUUCUGGAGAUUUCUGCUGCUGAAAGUUCUCAAGACACUGGUAAACUGGAUAAUUGCAAUGAGAGGGAAGCCCCUCUUCCCUCUUACGAAGAAAAUCCACUAAGAUUGUUCCAUGAGAAAUCUGAUAUUGAAGGCAACAGGGAUAUCACUUGCAAGGAUGUGCAAUUGAUUGAUCAUGACCUGGAAUCAGAUCCAGAUGAACAGCCAGCUUCAAAGAGGCUACGGCUUACACCACCACCAUAUGAAGGGGAAAGAAAACUCAACAGAAGCCUCUCGAAAGAUCUGCAUUUGUAAUACAGGCUGGAGAUAGGUUUUUUGUUUCUUUUUAGCGGUCUAUGAAUUUGGGUCUCGUCAGGGCAUUGGUUUGCCAUUCUGUGAAUAGAGUUAUGGUUCAUAUUCCCAAGAUGUGACAAUUAUGUAGAAGAAACCCUAGGAUGCCAACUACUCUUUUCUUUUUUGUACUCAUUUUGAUCUGGCAUUAGAAUUCUCAGGACUCCAUUUGAUUGACUCUCAUGGCUGAAAUUUGUGUUCCCCAUUAGUGUAGAAAGAAUCUAGUUCAUAUGGGAAGGCCAUUAUGUUAACACAAGUGUUUCUUAAGAUCCGUGAAUGACACAAAUUGUUCAGAUA